AUGAGCAUCGACGCCGAGUUUCUUAAAAGUGUCGAGGUGAGAGCCGAGACUGGCGUUGGAAAUGCGCUCUGGACAGUCAAUUCGAUCUCCUCUGGAAAACUGAUCGGCCUUAUUGACAGGGAAUCCGGCAACGAUCCGAAUGCUCUUCUCAUUCUGAAUCUGAUCAAGGAAAGUGAUGAGGAAGAGACGGCGAAUGUACACGUGAAAUGUAUUGGAACAAAAACUUUCUUGCAAACAUCACGCUCGAUAAAAGCCGGUGAGAAAUUGCUAGCGAAUCGCUUCUCCGAUCAGCUUUUUGUUGAUGAAACUGAAGAGGAAAUGGAUAUCAAUAUGAAAGGAGAUACUGAUGGACAUGAUGGAGACGAAGAGGAUGAGAUUGAUGUGCAAUUGGAAGACGAUUGCGAGCGACACUCGGCUCAAUCAUCAGUGGAACCGGGAGAGAUUCGCGAUUUUGGAGAUGGUUUCUCUUCAUCUCAACACAAAUGUCCGAUCUGUCCAAAGAGUUUCUCGAGUGCAAGUGGACUCAAACAACACUCACACAUUCAUUGCAGCUCAAAGCCGUUUAGAUGUCAUGUAUGCAAUAAGGCUUACACUCAAUUCUCGAAUCUGUGUCGCCAUCGGCGGAUCCACUUGAGCUCGUCGACGAAAGAGACUGGUGGAUGGAGGUGUCCCACUUGUGGUCACCAAUUCCCCAAUCACGGAGCUCUCGUCAAACAUCGCUCGAUUUGUGGAAUGCCGAGUGAGGCCUGUAAACCCUCACUGCUCAGCCCGAUGCUACCACUCUAUUGGCAAUACCUUUGGCAGCAACUACAACUUGGAAAUCUUUCCUCAACCGCUACUCCUCUUCCAUCAAUGCUUCCCUCGACAACCGAUUUCAGUUGUGCUGCUUUAUUGAAGGGAAAGCAUUCGGAUGGUGGCCGCGAUUCUCCAUCACCAAGCACAUCAGAACAUGAACGCGGUGCAAGUCCAAUUGAUUUAACACUAAAGAAAUCCGAGAAAUCGGAUUGCGGCGAGAGCAACUCGGAUUCAGGAAAUGAGGACGACAAUGCACACACGGAUGCUUCGCCAGCUCGUGACGAUCCAUCUCCGAACGCGACAACGCUGCCCAUUCCGGCUUUAUCGCGAUUCGGUGCGAACGGUGCGCCGACGUUGACCCCAUUUGGACCACCGACUCUUUUCCCGAUGUUAUCCAGAGGUUUCCCCUACCCUGGCAGUAAUUUCCCUUCACAAGCCGUCGCACCAAGUGCCCAUCUGUUACCGAAAGGCACACGAGACAGAUACACAUGCAAAUUCUGUCAAAAGGUUUUCCCUCGAUCGGCGAAUUUGACGCGCCACCUCCGCACGCACACCGGGGAACAGCCAUACAAGUGUCAACACUGUGAACGCUCAUUUUCGAUCUCCUCAAAUCUGCAACGCCACGUGCGCAACAUUCACAACAAGGAACGCCCAUUCCGGUGCCAUAAGUGUGAGCGUUGUUUUGGUCAACAAACGAACCUCGAUCGACAUCUGAGAAAACACGAAGAGGGCGCCAUUGAUAGUCCCGAUGAAGAUGGCGUCACUUCGAUGAUCAAAACAACUCCUGUAUAU